AUGGUGAAGCUGGCCACCCUUUUCCUGAUCUCCUUCAACAACGGAGCUGCCGCUGGAUGUGGUGACGCCCAGUGGAUACACAAAACUGCGAUCCUGGGCCAACUGCUCGUUGUAUCGUAUCGAGACGGAAACGACCUACGACUACUGAUCCAUCUUCCUGGCUCCAAGUACUAUAUUGAGUAUGGAUAUGGCUAUCUGCUGGCCAAUGAGAUAGCUGAAAACUACCAGUCACUCAUGAAGAGCCUUCUGGGUAUGAUGAAGUAA